UUCUUUUUAGCAAUUAUUAAAAAAAUGUGUCAAAUGGAAGAGGAAUAUUGUAAUUUAGAGGAUGAAGGUGCUUAAGUUAGUUGUAGCAGAUCUCCAAAGUCAAAGAAAAUAAAAAAAAGUGAUUCUCUUUCCCCAAGAAAAAAUAUUGGACAUUGGACCAAGGAGGAGCAUGACAAAUAUUUAUAGUUUUUGGAAGAUCAUGCCCAUUUAAAGAAAAAUAACAAAAUCUUCAAACCAAUGUCAGAAAUCAUUGGAACUCGUUCUCCUAGUUAAUGCAGGUAAAUUAUUCAAUAAAUUUAGAUCUCACCAUCAAAAAUUUAAUCCUUAGUCACCCGAAGUUUAAAGAAAAUCUGUUAAAUUGAUUAAAAUAAACUAAGACACAAAAGUGCAAGCAUAAUUGUUUGAGGAAACAAAUGAAACGUUAGAGGAUGAAAAAUAAAUAAAAAAUAAUGUACGAUUAGUAUUGUAUGAUGAUGAAUUAGCCUAAGAUGAAAAUGAAUUUAAUUUAGAUGACUUUAUGUGA